UCUUUCAUCGGGGCACAGACUUCCUUUUACUCCUUCCUUCUGCGCUCUCGCCGCCUCCUCCUGGGAAGAAGCGGAGGCACCGGCUGCCUGGGGCAGCGACAAGCCGGGCCACUGAGGCUGUGCGAAAAGUUUCUUUUUGGGAGUUCGGAAUUGGGGCCCGGUUGGUGUACUGCUCGGAGCAAUGGAGCCAGCCUUUGGGGAGGUGAACCAGCUGGGAGGAGUAUUCGUGAACGGGAGGCCGCUGCCCAACGCCAUCCGGCUUCGUAUCGUGGAACUGGCCCAACUGGGCAUCAGACCGUGUGACAUCAGCCGCCAGCUACGGGUCUCGCACGGCUGCGUCAGCAAGAUUCUGGCGCGCUACAACGAGACUGGCUCGAUCUUGCCAGGAGCCAUUGGGGGCAGCAAGCCCCGAGUUACCACCCCCACCGUGGUGAAGCACAUCCGGACCUACAAGCAAAGGGACCCUGGCAUCUUUGCCUGGGAAAUCCGGGACCGCCUGCUGGCGGACGGCGUGUGUGACAAGUACAACGUGCCCUCGGUGAGCUCCAUCAGCCGCAUCCUGCGCAACAAGAUCGGCAACUUGGCUCAACAGGGCCAUUACGACUCAUACAAGCAGCACCAGCCCGCGCCACAGCCGGCGCUGCCCUAUAACCACAUCUACUCGUACCCCAGCCCCAUCACGGCGGCCGCAGCUAAGGUGCCCACGCCGCCCGGGGUGCCUGCCAUCCCCGGCUCCGUGGCCAUGCCCCGUACCUGGCCCUCCUCCCAUUCCGUCACCGACAUCCUGGGCAUUCGCUCUAUCACCGACCAAGGCGUGAGCGACAGCUCCCCCUACCACAGCCCCAAGGUGGAGGAGUGGAGCAGCCUGGGCCGGAACAACUUCCCCGGGGCCGCCCCGCACGCGGUGAACGGGCUGGAGAAGGGAGCCCUGGAGCAGGAAGCCAAGUACGGUCAGGCACCAAAUGGUCUACCAGCUGUCAGCAGUUUUGUGUCCGCAUCCAGCAUGGCUCCUUACCCUACCCCGGCCCAAGUGUCGCCUUACAUGACCUACAGCGCCGCUCCUUCCGGUUAUGUGGCUGGACACGGGUGGCAACAUGCCAGCGGCACCCCACUGUCCCCCCACAACUGUGACAUUCCCGCAUCGCUGGCGUUCAAGGGAAUGCAGGCAGCCAGAGAAGGUGACUUUCUGGCAGCGUCUUUGUCUCUGUUUGGUGGUGGGCUGCUCGGGCUCCUGGACCUGGACUUGCCCCAAAUUUUGUGUGUGCAGUGAAGGCUUCAACAUCUUAUGAAGGACAUUUUCUUUCUACAGCAGAGGACUCAAAAACAGAUUAAACAAGCCAGUCUCCCAUUUUGUAUCCUAAUCAAACAACACACAUGCCAAGCAUAUAAAGACACGAGGGUGGAAAAUAUCUGGACAAGAAGGCUUUUAAGGAAGUCACUUAGAAACUUAAGUUUAAUGUGAAAUGCUUUGCAAAGACACUUAAAAUGAACUUUAUGUUAAGAAAACCACUGUGAAACUAAAUUGUACUGUUAUUGUUGGCUUACCUGUGUGUUCAGCAAUCUCAGCCCAAAAUUAUGUUGUAAUUUAAAGAAAAUGGAAAAUUCUGCUCUAAUGAAUGUAAAAACGGCUUGCUGUGAAGUUUACGUUGUUGUACAGAAGCAUGGUUCACGUCGAGGUAGACUGGUGGUGGUAUUAGAAAUACAAAUGCUAUUUAAUUGUUUUAAAUUCCCUUUAUUCAUUUCUGGAGUUACAGGACAUAGUUUCCAUCUUUCUAGAACAGUUGGGUUUUCACUUCAAUGUUAAUCGCAGAGCUGUGGGGUAUACGUGUGUGUGAGCGUGUGCUAUGUGUUGUAGUUUAAAACAACUGCUUUUCUUGGGCAAAAUUCUACAGUUUUUCUCUUCUGUUUAGAAAGUUCUUCCUGCUUGGCAAUAUGUAGGCUUGAAACUACAUUUUUAAAACAUUGGUACAAUUCAUCUAUUGGAAAAUUAAUAUAUUGUGGGUUUUUUUUCUUUUGGUAUUAAUUCUGUGCAAUAACUAAAAGGGCACAUCACUAGAUGUGGAUGUUAAAGAAGCAUUUGUGAGGUGAUCCUGAUUUCUUCCUGUCUGUGCUAUGCACAGUCCACACAGCAGUCCAGUUCCGCCACAUCGGUUUCAUGGCUUCACUUAAACUCAGAUGACUAGACGAGCGAGGUUUCAGAUCACUAGCGUAUAAACAGUAAGCAGAUUUCUGACACAGAAGUUAUAUUUGAGGAAUUGCUUGCUUCAAGCAACAGCUAUCUUAUAGAGAGAGCUUUGAACUGCAUUUAUUUCUAAAGCAAAAUUCAGUGCUACAAACAGAGGAUUAUAACUUCAGGAGAAGAAUAAGCAGAAGGAGCAGAUGAACUCUCAGGGCCAUAGUCUUCCUUUGAUCUUCUAAAACUCCUGUUGACAUCUGGAGUUCCCAGUCUGGUGAGAAAAUAGACUAUAAACCGAAUGGAACGAAGAUACCAGUCCAAUAUCUUGGUGGAGACUUUAAAACCAUACCAUACAGGGACUCUCCUGCCGUCCAGAAAAACUGACAUAAGGUAUAGAAUUAUCCCUUAUCAGAUAUUUUUUUAGAUGGCUACUAGGAGUCUUUA